AUGGCUAAUCCACCACCCACUUACGCAGGUAUCGCAAUGCCCAUCGGCGAAGAUACCCCCUCACCUCCCCACGCAGGACCUGCAAUGCCCCCUGGCCAAAACAACCCAUUACCCGCCAACGAAGCCAAUCAAUCAAUCGAACGACGAGCCCUCGAAGCCGGAUACUUACCUCGGGACCGGUUCAUCGCAAUAAGAAAGCGGUCCGAGGAGGGACGAUCCGCCGCAGUGAUCGCUAGAUUCCAAACACUCGGCGCUGCACAAAUGCCUAUUCUCUACGAUGCAGAGGGUUACCCUAUUGCAAUCCAGCUGCUUAUCGUUUUCCCAGCAGGUGAUAUGGAGGAGGCUCUUGUGUCUCGCCGCAGGGAGCCGGAUCUGAUAUCUCCUCAAUCACGGAACCUGGCAGCUCUGUACAUCGCUAGUCGCCAAUUGACGACGAGGAUUAGUCUUCGCUCUUGGCUAGCUCCCCCUUAUACGCCGGGAUUGUUGAGGAUGGAGUUUAAUUUCUAUCCGUGCUCUGGAUAUCCGGGCCCGGAGGUAGGGCAUGUGCUUCUGGAGAUAGAGCAUCUUAUUCGAUUUCAGGAAGCGUGUAUCGAUAAUGGAAGGCCGGGAAUACAGUUUCCUUAUACUGAUGGGGUGUGUGAUAGUAUCACGCUGAUUGAACCUGGGCUUCCUCAGGUCUAG